AUGCAAAACGGCCAAGUUCAGGACAAAUACCAUUUCUACUCCGGAGGCCCACAGAACCAAGAGAUGCGCAGCCGUGGUGGCCGUGGUGGCCGUGGCGGCCGUGGCGGCCGUGGCGGUGCCAAUAAUCCAAAUUUCAACAGGCAGAACGGCGGCCCCUCUGAUGGACAAUCAAACGGACACCACAACAAUCACCAAGGCCAAGACAAUGGAUUACGUAGAGGCGGCGGCGGUGGAGGUGGCGACGGCUGGCGUGGUAGUCGUAGAUCUCGCAGGUCUCGUGGUCCAAGAGAUGACAAUCGCAGAGAUCCGCAACAAAGAGGUGGUCGUAACGAUAAUUGGGGUGCCCCAAUGGAGCCCACUCCCAACACUGUGUUUAACUACGAGCCUAUGGGAAUAGCACAACAACCCGAAGCACAGCCACCAGUGUUAGGCGGCUUAGAAGUACCACAACUACCUGACGCUUCCAUGAAUUAUAUUCCGUUAGUUUUAGAAGCACCUGUAGAACAGAAGCAGCCUGCCAUUGAAGUAAAACCCACGGAGCCACCUGUCAACUUCAAAAUCAAGAAGGAAAAGAAAGACACGCACUCGCCAGUUGUAAAACCCGCACCGCAGCCGCAGCCGCAGCCGCAGCCUGCCAAAAAGCCAAAAGAGAGUAGCGACGAGAGCUCUUCGAGCAGUUCUGAUGAAAGCGUUGAAGCUGGUGAAGUGGUCAAAGCUCCAGCUGUGAAAACGAAGACGGAGGCCACAGCUGCAAAGGCUCCAGUGUCGUCUUCGUCAUCCUCAUCUUCCGAGGAUUCUGACUCUGACAGUGAGGAUAGUAAGCCGGCAGCUAAAAGCAAAACUGCAGCUAAAGGGAAGGAAUCGAGUGGCAAGACUUCCAAGAAACUAAAGAAAACUCUAUCCGAAGAGGAUGUCGUCUGCCUUGGCUCUCAGAAGCGACACUACACCAUACCCGAUGAGGAUGAGGAGAGCAGCGAGGUGGACGAAGAAAAGGACGAGGAUGAGCAACCCAAGGCCAACAAAAGUAAAAGCAAGCAAAAAGCCGACAAUGGCUGUGCAAUUUGCGACAAGAAGGGCCACACCUCCUUCGAGUGCCAGAUGAUCUGCCGUAAUUGCUCGGCUCAGUAUCAUAGCCUCAAGAACUGUCCAAAGCCACCGAAUCUGAACAUUGCUCUGCAGGCAUAUUUGGAGUACACCAUGCAGCAGGUGGCCGUAUUUAAUGUGGAGCAACGUUUUGCCUUUCCCGCUGGUGCGGUGCCAGCAAUGUCAUCCGCCCCGGCUUCCUCUACGCCUGCCAAGUCGAAGAAGGAGAAAAAGGCUCCCAAGAAGCCCAAGAAAACGCCACAAAAGAGAAUGAAACUGGAGACUGCCGCCGACGACGACGAUGAUGAUGAUGACGAAGACGACGACGAUGAGGAGGAGGCAAGCAGCGAUAGCGAAGAUUCCGAACCAUCUAGCGAUGAGCCAGCACCCGUGGCUAAGCAAAAGCGAAAGCGGAAUUCAAAGCAGACAAAUCCUGCCGCAAAUCUACCACCGCAAGCGUUUCCAUUUCCCCUGUUGGCUGCCGGCUCACCUUACAACUCCAUGAUGUAUCCAUAUGCGGCGCCCUUUAGCUUUCCUAAACAACAAUAAGAGUUACAAUAGUACAUAACAUAUGUUGGAAGUAGUUUUUAAAA